CAUGAAAGUUCCGGUCAUAACUCGGGCCCUGUUGAAGGCGUCCCCUUUUCUCUCAACUCCCAAAGUCCUCUCCCCUCACUUCUCUAUCCUCUCAAAUUCUCAAGCCCUCUCGACUCCCAUGGCUGCCUGCAUCCACACUCAAAGCCACGCACUUUGUUGGGAUUCAAACAGGUCCACAUCCGACGAAGACGGCUACCAUUUCAUGAAGUUCUGCCGCCGCAGUUUCUCUGAUCAGGUUUCCUGCGCACCCAUUUCCCAGAAUCGCACGAAAACAACUCAGACGCGCAGAAUCGUGGAGGAUCUCGGCCCCGAUGAAGAUCUAUGGCUCAGAAUGCAGGAUGAAGCUCGCUCGGAUAUAGAUGAAGAACCCACCUUGUCAGAUUACUAUUACACUUCUAUUCUGUCGCAUCCUUCUCUGGAAAGUGCUUUAGCCCACCAUCUGUCUGUGAAAUUAAGCAAUCCUAGCCUCUCCUGUGCGACCCUAGUGGAUAUUUUCAUGGGGGUGUUCGCACAGGAUCAGGAAGUGGUCAGGGCCGUGAAGGAUGAUCUGAGUGCGGUGAAGGAGCGGGACCCGGCGUGCGUGAGUUACACGCACUGCCUCUUGAAUUUCAAGGGAUUUCUUGCGUGCCAAGCCCACCGGGCGGCGCACAAAUUGUGGUUGCAGGGGAGGAAGGUCCUGGCUUUGCUGAUUCAGAACAGGGUGUCCGAAAUUUUCGCGGUGGACAUUCACCCGGGAGCGAAAAUCGGAAGCGGGAUACUGCUGGACCACGCCACCGGGCUCGUGGUGGGAGAGACGGCGGUGAUUGGGAACAAUGUGUCAAUUUUGCACAGUGUGACUUUGGGAGGGACCGGAAAGGAAUCUGGGGACCGGCACCCCAAAAUUGGGGAUGGGGUGCUGAUUGGGGCAGGGACCUGUAUAUUGGGGAACAUUAGGAUUGGGGAAGGGGCAAAGAUUGGGGCUGGGUCUGUGGUGAUAAAGGAAGUGCCGGCGAGGACGACGGUGGUUGGGAAUCCGGCCAAGUUGCUUGGAGGGAAAAAUCCAGUUAAGUUGGACAAGAUGCCUAGUUUUACUAUGGACCAUACUUCCAAUAUAGCUGAGUGGUAUGAUUACGUUGUUUAAGAGUAACUUACAUAAAACGGGUGCUCUCGUUAUUUAGAGGCCCGUUUGGAUCUUUUGAAAAAUUUUAGUUGUUUUUCUGGGGAUUUUUUCUGCUUGUGGUUUAAGCAGAAAUUGAAGUUCUCCUAUUAGCAUAUAGAGAGCCUCCUGCCUCGAUGCAGAUUAUGUAACAUGUAAUGGGGUUUGUAUUCUUUCUCAGAAUUGGUGUUUCAGUAUUAUUGUGUGUACUGUUUUGUACUAUUGUAAGAUGUUAAGAUUAUUGUUUGUUUUGAAUGUCAAAGUUCGGGGUUAGUAUGUUUA